UUCGGAAAACACUUGAGUAAAUUUAUAGCUUUCUCACGCGAGCGUUAUGGCAACUGAUGAAGCAGUGGAUCAACCGGACUUGUCUUGCAUAGAGGAGAGUCUCAUGAGUCUAGAGAAAUUGGACAGAGCAUCUCCUGAUCUAUGGCCUGAGCAGAUUCCAGGUGUACAUGAGUUUGUUGCUCAAAAUUCACCGCAGACAGAACCAUGUUUUUGGGCUGCGAUGUCGCAGGAUGACAUAAGCCAUGUGCAUCAACUGGGUAAUUUGUCAAUGACCGGGCUUAUCUCGGAAGUGAAAAGACUGCACGAUUUAGCUUAUCAACUGGGUCUAGAAGAGGCUAAGGAAAUGACACGCGGCAAAUAUUUGAAUAUAUUUAAACAUAAAUAAUCUAU